CCCUCGAGACGUUGACAAUAUGCGCCAACAGUACGGAGGGCCCAAGCUGCCUGCAGAUCUACGUAACCAGUUUGGAGAUCCUGCGAAUCGAGGUAAGAGCAGUGGCGGGCGCAACGGACAGGUGAAUCGCAAGGACCGGCGCAAAGCCGAACGAGAGCAGAAAAAGUCGCAACGAACACAACCAACAAGACCGCCGCCGCCCCCUGUAGCACAUGUACAAAGCACGAAGCGAGGUGCGCCAGUGCGGCAUGAUGAGGAGUCUGAGGUGGAUUGGGAGGAGAGCGAUGACGACACAGCACCAGUGAAGGAGAAGGCAGCACCGAAGAGCAUACUCAAGAAGAAGGCGCAAUCUGAAGAGGAAACGACGUCUGCACCUGCCAAGGUAUCUCGUGCCGUCCAGGAGCGACUCGACGAAGAUGAUAAGGAGAUCCGCGCCCUGGAAAAGAAGCUGGGAAAGAAGAAGAAAUCGACCUCAGGCGGAGAUGAUGGACUUGACGAUAUUUUCGGCGAUCUAGGAGAAUUCAGCGACGAGGAUAUGCCCGAGAAUCCUGCUUCCAAGAGAAAGCGGACCGAAGACGAUGACUGGUUGGCCAGUAAGAGACAAAAGGCGUUGGGAACCGUUGCUGCGCCAAUGUCGGAAUCGGACGACGAGGAGGAGGAUGAGAUAGAGAACCCCUUCUCUGAGGACGACGAUGUUGACUCCGAGGACAUGCUCAGCGACGACGGCGAAGAUCACGACGACGCGAAUAGCGAAACGGAAGACGACGAGGGCAAUAUCGAAAACCCAUUCUCUGAAGAUGAACUAUCGGAGGAUGAGGAGGACGAAGAACCAGCGCCGCGAAUACGAGAAAAUCCAUACGUUGCGCCAGUAGGUGCAAACGCUGCACCAACCACGAAAUACAUUCCACCGGCCUUGCGAGGACCACCUUCAUCUGAUGUUGAAGCGCUAUUACGCCUCAAGCGCCAGGCUAACAUCCUUACAAUCCUUAAAGAUAUUGAGAAGAUUUAUGCAACAAACCCCCGCGGUUAUGUCAACACAACACUGAUCGAUCUGUUGAUUGACAUGCUUUCGGAUCCAUCAGCACUUCUGGAGUCUUUCAUAAUCCUGCAUGCCGGUUUCAUCGCAGCGGUCUACAAGGUCAUUGGGCCAGACUUCGGUGCUCAAAUUCAUUAUCAGCCAAACAAAAAUGGCGUCGGGAAACACACCACAAACCUCAUGUCUGUGGUGUCUGAGCUUUACACAUUCCAAGUCAUCGGCAGCAACAUUGUCUUUGACUACAUCCGGUUCUUCCUGAAUGAGCUUUCUGAGAUAAACACAGAGCUUCUUCUGAGGAUCGUUCGCGCGGCAGGCCCGCAAUUACGACAAGACGACCCGACUGCACUCAAGGACAUUGUAGUCCUGCUACAAAAGUCUGUAGCGAGCGUGGGCCAACAAAACCUGCCGAACAACAAGAUGAAGACGGGCAUUGCCGGCGCUUCCAUCACCAGAGAACGUACAACCCAGAUGAAGAAGCAGCUGGGCACACUGAACGCGAGGAAUCUCAAAGCGACUGAGCCGUUACGGGUCGGCUUGAAGGACAUCAGAGAUACAGACAAAGUGGGCAAGUGGUGGCUAAACGAUGUGUCUAUAGAUCAAGAUAAGAGGCCGAAUAGCGAACAAGCCAAGACCGAAGAGGAAGAGGAUGAAGAUGGCGAAGUCGACCUUGUCCAGCUUGCCCGAGAGCAGCGUAUGAACACCGACGUGCGCCGAGCUAUCUACGAUGCGCAGAUACGCUUGAAUAAGCUGAACCUCAAGAAAGCACAAGAAAUCGAGAUACCGAAGACAUAUAACCCCUAUUAUACCAUACUGGCACGAAAGUUUGCACUCUGGGACAUUUUCAAGAGUCUUGGAGAGAACCAGGACGGUGGCGCAGAGUCGGACGACGAGACGGACAACAGUAACGGCAAGCUCUAUGGUACACUGGUCGCAAAACGGGUGAUGUCCAUCACCUGCCUCAAAAACCUCAACUUCCCGUAUCUGCAGCCAAAGACCAAGACGUUCGUGGAGAUUAUGCUGGUCACGGCGAUUCUCGAGACGCAGAAGGGCGCAAAUGGCGACAAGAAGGAAACAGCUCUUUUGCAGACAUUCGUUGAAGUAGAUCAAGCACCUGAGAUGGUGGCAGGUAAGACAAACAUCGUUGAGAAGUCAGAGAAAGAGACGGUCAAGUGGGGGUGCAAAGCUGCCAUCAGCCUGUGCCACCGCAGCUUCUUCUGGAUUACAGUUCCGUCCGCCCAUCUCACAAUGUUCCGGUCUCUGGCUCCCCGCGCCGUGCAGAGGGUGACACGGCCCGUCUCGAACAGCACAUUCUGCGCAUCCAACAUCUACUUCCAGAACAGGUUACGACGAGGCUUUGCGUCGGAAGCUGAGGAGAAGGAUCUGGUCAUCGUUGGUGGCGGUGUCGCGGGCUAUGUCGCAGCUAUCAAGGCUGGACAGGCCGGCCUGAAGGUCGCCUGCGUCGAGAAGCGCGGCUCCCUCGGAGGAACCUGCUUGAACGUCGGCUGCAUUCCCUCCAAGUCCCUCCUGAACAACUCGCACCUUUACCACCAGAUCCUCCACGACACCAAGGGCCGCGGUAUUGAGGUCGGCGAUGUCAAGCUCAACCUCCCCGCUAUGAUGAAGGCGAAGGAGACCUCGGUCUCUGGUCUGACCAAGGGUAUUGAGUUUCUUUUCAAGAAGAACAACGUCGAGUACAUCAAGGGCACUGGCGCGUUCCAGGACGAGCACACCAUCGCCGUCAACCUUGUUGAUGGUGGCGAGACUCAAGUCCGCGCCAAGAACGUCCUCAUUGCCACUGGUUCUGAGGCCACACCUUUCCCCGGCCUUACUAUCGAUGAGCAGAGGGUCAUUACCUCCACUGGCGCUAUCGCGCUCCAGGAGGUCCCCAAGAAGAUGGUCGUCAUUGGUGGCGGUAUCAUCGGUCUUGAGAUGGCCUCUGUCUGGUCGCGUCUCGGCUCUGAAGUCACUGUUGUUGAGUUCUUGGGCCAGAUUGGUGGCCCCGGUAUGGACAACGAGAUCGCCAAGAAUGCUCAGAAACUGCUCAAGAAGCAGGGCUUGAACUUCAAGCUCAACACCAAGGUCACCGCUGGCGAGGUUUCCGCGCAGGGCAUCAAGGUCAACGUUGAGGCCGCCAAGGGUGGCAAGCCUGAGUCUCUUGAUGCUGACGUCGUCCUCGUCGCUAUCGGUCGUCGUCCUUACACUGCUGGCCUUGGUCUUGACAACGUCGGUCUUGAGACCGACGACCGCGGCCGCCUGAUUAUCGACCAGGAGUACCGCACCAAGAUUCCUCACAUCCGUGCCAUCGGUGACGUUACCUUCGGUCCUAUGCUUGCCCACAAGGCCGAGGAGGAGGCUGUCGCUGUCAUCGAGUACAUCACCAAGGGCCAUGGCCACGUCAACUACGGCGCCAUUCCGUCGGUCAUGUACACUCACCCCGAAGUUGCCUGGGUCGGUCAGAACGAGCAGGAGCUCAAGGAGGCCGGCGUUAAGUACAACAUCGGAAGCUUCCCCUUCUCCGCCAACUCGCGUGCGAAGACUAACAUCGACGCUGAUGGUAUGGUCAAGAUCCUUGCGGACGCCCAGACUGACAGGAUAUUGGGCAUUCACAUCAUCGGCCCCAACGCUGGUGAGAUGAUUGCCGAGGGCACCCUUGCUCUCGAGUAUGGCGCUAGCUCAGAGGAUGUUGCACGAACAUGUCACGCUCACCCUACGCUUGCUGAGGCGUUCAAGGAGGCUGCUAUGGCCACCUACGACAAGGCCGUCCACUACUAGAUUCCCGGUUUCAAGGUAUGGGGUUUUCUUUCAGCAUCAGCGGCAUGAAUUAUCGAGCUCUCGAGCGGGGAGUUGUGAAUAGUACCCUGUAAUAUAUCUGAUGCAAUGCUUGUUAAAGAAGAAAUGCAAUCGUUGAAG